GGGCAAGUUUAAAAGCAUCUUGGCAGUGCCCCGGUUUCCCAUUGCAAAUCACUCUCAGUGCCUGUUCUCACUCACUGCUUCCAUCAACACUUUCGGCAUCUGAUCACGCCACAGCAGUGAUUGCCGAUUGGGCCAAGGUGGUGAUCCAAUUCCAUGGAGGGCCAAACAAGGAGGAGCGUUGCAGCAGAAGAAGGCGAUCAACCAAGCAGGAACAGUAGCCAAACUGGGCCCAGGCCGCUUAGGCAGAUAAUUGAUAUUGAUAAAAUCUCGCCUAGGCCGGAAGAUUGGUUCGCUUCUGUGAUAUCUGCAGAAAGGACUGAUCAAUCUGAGACUCAAUGGGUACGGCGAAGGAUACCAAAGGUUCCUCAGAUUCUGAGACGCACCCAGGAUUUCGAGAAAUUCUAUGAACCGAGGGUGAUUUCGUUCGGUCCUUACCAUCAUGGCAAACCCCAUCUUCAGCAAGGGGAAAUGCUCAAGCCUCUAUUUGCCCAAAGCUUCCUGGCUGUUAGUGACCAGGACAUCUACAAAUUGUACGACGAAAUUGACAGCAAUAUCGGGUUAGUGAGGAUGUGCUAUGAUAAGGAUCAAACAAACAACUAUAAUAGUGAGGAACUCGUCAGGAUGAUGCUUCUGGAUGGGUGUUCUCUUCUAUAUUUCAUCUACUGUGUAGUGAACGGAGAUGAGAGUAAUUUGCAUGGUUUGAAUGUUAAAAGUCAUUUCAUUGCUUUUGCGCGACUGGACUUGUUCUUGCUUGAGAACCAACUUCCCUUUGAAAUCCUCAAGUUGUUGUUCGAGGGAGCAAGAUUCGGGGCGGCUACAAUGGAAGAGAUGAUGAAAAAAUUCAUCACUUCUAACAUCACUAGGCCAGCAGGAGUGGCUUUAGAAUUAGAUCUGGUAAAGGAGCCGCCUUCUCAUCUCCUCGACCUUUUGCGAAGUGGGCUCCUCGGCCCUCAGCCUGUACCUGAACAAAAAGGACAGUCUGGAGGAAUAUGGCGGGGGAUCUGUCCAAGGGAAACGGGCGAACAACAAGGCGACUGGCAGUCGUAUCGAAACAUCAAGGAACUUGCAGCUGCCGGGAUCCAUCUUAAACCGAGUAGGACGACUUACUUGAGCGACAUAUCUUUCGAGUCCUACUUCUUCUUUGGAUACCUGAAACUUCCCCAAAUAACCAUAGACGCCUCCACGAAGCUUAUGCUGUUGAACUUGGCAGCUUAUGAAAUGAGUCCAAAUGGCCCAGCUGAUCUUGGAGUCACUUCUUAUAUAUGCUUCCUUGACUCCCUCAUUAAGAAUGCUGAGGAUGUGAUGCUGCUGCAAUCAAAUUACACUCUCUUCAACUUUCUCGGAAGUGACGAAAAGGUGGCAGACCUCUUCAACGACAUUGCCAAGGAUCUGGUGCCUAACUCUACUGCUUAUGCUCAUGUCAAAUCCGGCAUUCAGAAGCAUUACAAUAACAAGGUAAAUGUCUGUAUCUCUAAAUGGCUGCACGCCAAUUUCACCUUUCUGGCCUUCAUUGCUGCAGUUUUGGCCCUUGGCUUAAGUAUCUCUCAAACCUACUUUGCUGCUUUCCCCCCUCAUAAAUGACACCGCCACCCACCAAACCCAUUGUGUAUUUGAGCUUGAGAAUUCAUGCAUCUCUCUCAAGUUUCGCCCUUUUGCAAUCAAUAUAUAUCUUUUGCAUGAGAAUACUGUGGUUCCUAUUAUCAUUAAA